GCCGGGGCCGGGGCCGGGGGGGCAGGCAGGCAUGGCGGCGCUGGGGCGGGCGGCGCUGGCGGCGGCGCUGGUGCUGCUCUACUACGGCUUCUCCAUCGGCAUCACCUUCUACAACAAGUGGCUCAUGAAGCUUUGUCAACUUCCUUGGAUAUUGGGCUGAGUAACUGGAGCUUCCUAUAUGUCACUGUCUCCCUCUACACAAUGACCAAAUCCUCUGCCGUUCUCUUCAUCUUGUUCUUUUCACUACUCUUCAAACUGGAGGAAGCGAGGGUGGCAUUGGUGCUGGUGGUUCUGCUCAUCGCUGGGGGGCUCUUCAUGUUCACCUACAAGUCCACGCAGUUCAACACACAGGGGUUCAUGCUGGUGCUGUGUGCUUCUUUCCUUGGGGGUAUUCGCUGGACUCUCACGCAGAUACUUAUGCAGAAGGCUGAACUGGGGCUCCAGAACCCCAUUGAUACCAUGUUUCACCUGCAGCCGCUCAUGUUCCUGGGGCUCUUCCCUCUCUUUGCUGUCUUUGAGGGCCUGCCUUUGUCUGUGUCAGAGAAGCUCUUCCGUUUCCACGAAGCAGGAGUGCUGUUCUCUCUGAUAGGAAAGUUGUUCUUGGGUGGAAUUCUUGCCUUUGGACUAGGUUUUUCUGAGUUCCUCUUGGUUUCCAGAACAUCUAGCCUCACCCUUUCUAUUGCUGGCAUUUUUAAGGAAAUCUGCAUUUUACUCCUUGCCACACGUGUGCUGGGAGACCACCUCAGUCUCUUGAACUGGCUGGGCUUUGCUGUCUGUCUUUCAGGAAUCUCCCUGCAUGUCAUUCUCAAAGCAAUCAAUUCAAAAGGUGAAAAAGGACUGAAGCUACACAAAGAGGCCAGCUCCAACCCUGACCUGGAGCUGCUGCUGCGACACACUGAAUGUGGGGAGGAGGAGGAAGAGGAUGUUGGAACUGCACAGCAACAUUGACCGAGCCUGAAGCACAAAGUUCCUCACUCUAUGUCCUUAUUGGACCUACCUGACAGCUAUCUGGGAGGAAGGUCCAAGAGUCUCUGACCAUGACUUCCCAAAGGAGAUUCAGGGCCUGGUGAGAGUCCUGUUCUCCUACAGUACUGUGGAGGCUGCACAUGAAAUGGGCAGCGCCCCUCUCCCAGAGAGCAAACUUGGAAUACAAGCCCUGGAUCUGUGGAAGUAAAAUGGAAUGGUGAGAUUGGGGAACACUACAGAAAACUAAUUGGGGAAUCCUGAAGACUGUACAGCGUGAAUGUAGGUCAUGAACUGUAGAGUGAGCAUGGGCAUGUCUGAACUGCAGGUUGGGUGGUUCAGGGAUCAUUUUAGCGUUGUUUAGGCUUUGGCUUCCAAGGGGGAAGGCAGACAUAUCUUCCUACAUUUUCCUUACGGUUCUGCGAAGUGGGAGCUCCUCUCUUAGUGGGAGCAAAUGAUCAUGUAUGAAUCCAAGACUUGCCCCAAUGGGAAGAAGAACCUUUGAGCCUGGUAACCUGUGUUCUGUGUGGAUGAUAAGGUGAGAAGUAAGUGCCUGCCCCAAUUUUGGACCAAUUGGACAUAGUGGAGUGAUAAUGGGGGAAGGACAGGGAGAUGCGAGUACUGCUGGCCCAGCAGGCCCAGGGGAGAGAGCAACAUCACAGGAGGUACUGCCUGAGGAAUAACCUUAGCAGAAAGUAUGUGAGUGGGUGGGUUUUUUUUUUUUUAAUAAAGUGGUUUUCUGAUUCC